UGCUGUCCAAAGUGUUGUUUUUUACGCAGAACGGGUGGCCUGCGCAUGUGUCGGACGACGAUCUUUCACCAUACUUCGUUCGCCGUAACGAACUGUCGGUAGACCAAGAGUGCGUAACAUGGGGCAAUCGCGUGGUUAUACCCACUUCGUUGCGACACAAGGUUCUAGAAAUGCUGCACGAAGGUCAUCCAGGGAUGACUCGAAUGAAAAUGCUGUCAAGGAGUCAUGUCUGGUGGCCUCGCUUAACGCUAGACAUAGAGCAAGCGGUGAAAGAGUGCAUCACUUGUCAGUUGUCACAGAAUGCGGCAGCUAGAGUACCACUAAUGUCAUGGGGCUGGCCAACGCGUAGAUGGCAGCGAGUUCAUCUAGAUUUUGCGCAAAGGGACCAGCAUUUCUUUUUGGUCUUAAUGGAUGCUCAUUCGAAGUGGGUUGAGGUGUUUGUCAUGACAGCAACAACAAGCGAAAAGACGGUAGAGAAAUUGCGAGGUGUUUUUGCGGCCUACGGACUACCCGAGGAGAUCGUGACCGACAACGGGCCCCAAUUCACAUCGCAGCACUUCGGAACAUUCCUGAGCAGGAAUGGAAUUCGUCAUUCCAAAUCUCCUCCCUAUCACCCUGCUUCGAAUGGUAGCGCCGAACGGUGCGUUCAGACCGUCAAGAAGGACUUGUUUAAACAGAUACUAGACGAAGAAAGAAAAGGAGACAAGAAGUCCAUACAACAUCGCAUAGACCAAUUUCUCUUCAGUUAUCGCAACACCCCGUCCAGCACCACUGGUGAGACCCCGGCCCAGAUCUUCUUGUCGUGGCAGCCAAGAACCAGGCUGAGUCUGCUGCACCCUGAAAUGGAACAACGCAUGCGCGAAAGGGGAGAGCAGGCGAAGCUCCACGCAGACCAGAAACGAGGGCCAUGGAGAGACUUUAGGGAAGGCGAUCAGGUUUUGGUAAAAGGACUCCGCCCGGACGACGACAAAUGGCUGUUGGGUACAAUUGCUCAGCGGUGCAGCGCAUGCACGUACAUUGUUCGCGUCGCAGACGAGGACCGAUACGUUCACGCUGAUAACCUGCGACUAAGUACAUUUCAGGAGAACCGGAGCUGGCUUAAGGCGGCGGGAACAGUACUGGACGAAGAAAGAAAAGAAGACAAGAAGUCCAUACAACAUCGCAUAGACCAAUUUCUCUUCAGUUAUCGCAACACCCCGUCCAGCACCACUGGUGAGACCCCGGCCCAGAUCUUCUUGUCGGGGCAGCCAAGAAGAUCUGGGCCGGGGUCUCACCAGUGGUGCUGGGUGCACAUUGCUGGCAUGGAAGAUCUCCUGCUGGCUCUCAAGCACAUAUAUCUGCCGACACAACCCACGGAGCUCCUUCCACCGUACACGAGCCAGCCUCACGCUGGGUUGGACGAGGACAUCCAACUGAGUGAGGUCACUGCAGCUAUACAGAAGCUCCGCAAGCACACGGCCCCGAGUGCAGAUGAAAUUUCUAACAAGAUUCUGGCAAAUCUCGACGACCUGUUUAUAUGGGAACUGACGCAGCAUCCCAACAACAUCUGGAGAUGCGGCACAAUCGUACAAGAAUGA